AUGGCAGCACCGACUCUUACGCGGCACCUCUCCCGGCCACGGCACUACGUCUGCAGCGGCUGUCUUCGCAAGCAGAGGCUUCUCGCGCCCACGAAGCGAACCGUAUCCUUCGCCAAACAGGACCAAGCAAAAUAUGUGUGGGACGCCAAAGCCGAAGAGAUCAAAGCUGGGAAGCAGAAGAGCAUGCUCAGCAUACUGGAGGAACGGGGCUUCGUCAACGCCAUUGCCGGCGACCGUGACAGUCUCGAUAAGCUCAUGACCGAGAAACGCAUCGGCGCGUACGUGGGUAUCGAUCCUACGGCACCGUCGAUGCAUGUUGGACAUCUCCUGCCUCUGAUGGCGCUGUUCUGGUUAUACGUGCAUGGCUUCCGUGCUGUGUCGCUUAUGGGAGGUGCAACGUGUGCGAUAGGGGAUCCUACUGGCAGGACCACGUCGAGGGAGAUGCAAGAUUCAAUGACGCGGAGGGCGAAUAUAAACGGGAUCUACAUGCAGCUGAAGCGGUUAUGGGGGAAUGUGCAUGCAAAUGCGAAAGAAUGGGGCUAUGACCUGGCCUGGACACGGGCGCAUGAGCUGAUGAACAACAACACAUGGAUGGAGAGGCUACCCUUUAUGGAGGUUCUCAAAGUUCUCGGUCCCGGAGUGAGACUAGGGGCAAUGCUCAGUCGGGAUACUGUCAAGAACAAAAUGGAAAAGGGCGAUGGAAUGUCCUUUGCCGAGUUCUCCUACCCGCUACUGCAGGCUUGGGAUUGGUGGCAUCUCUACAACAAGAAGAAGGUACAAGUGCAGAUCGGAGGCUCGGAUCAGUACGGAAAUAUUGUCGCCGGCAUUGAUGCGAUCAAAUACAUUGCGAAGACCCACACCAACCCCGACUUUCGAUGGCCGGAGAAGGAGGACCCAUCGCUGAUACCGUAUGGUCUCACCGUGCCCCUUCUGACGACUGCUUCGGGGCAGAAAUUUGGGAAGAGCGCGGGAAACGCGAUAUGGCUUGACAAGGACAUGACAAGCGUCUUUGAGCUGUAUCAAUUUUUCGUACGGACAGCCGACGCAGACGCGGAGCGCUACCUCAAACUUUUCACUUUUCUGCCGCUUGACCGCAUCCGCACUAUCAUGGAUGAGCAUCACCUGGCGCCGGAGAGGCGCUCAGCGCAGCACGUGCUGGCGCAAGAGUUCGUCGAGCUUGUGCACGGCAAAGACGAGGCCAAGCAAGCCUCGACUCAGCACCGUAUGCUAUUCAGUAGGGCUACAGAGCGAGCAAUACAGCCUUUGAAGGGGGAGGAGCUGCUGAACGAUAGCUUAGAAACAGGGAACUCGGGAAGGAGCGGCGCCAUCAACUCCAUUAAUCCUUCUGUUGAGAGUUCUGGCCAGAGCACCAAUGCUUUCGACGCACCGAAGCCGAGCGUGACCCUUCCACGCUCUCUGGUCGUCGGUCAACCAACCGCCAAGGUUUUGUGGUCUGCCGGGUUAGUCAAAUCACGCAGUGAGGGAGGUAGGCUCAUCAUCAGCGGCGGCGCGUAUAUCGGCACCAGGCCUGACAAGGUGGGCCUCAAGCGCAACGAGCUCGUAUGGACAAAUGCGACAAAGACGGGCGGACAGUUGAGGAAGAGCUUCCUCAUAGAGGACUCACUUUUAGUUCUGAGAGCAGGAAAAUGGAAUCUCAAGGUGGUCAAGGUGGUCAGCGACGAAGAAUUCGAGGCGCUGGAACUCGAUGCUCCGGGAUGGCAGGUGUUGAAAGAGCAGAGAGAACCCCAGCCAGCGCAGCAAGCCUGA